AACGUCUUCUUGCAAUCCCCUCCCGUGUUGACCAUGCCUUGACGCAUAUCACAGACGUGGCGUGGCGAAGUCCUGUUCUCAUUAUUGUUGCAAUUACUCUUGUUUAUCAGAUGAUGGGCAGGCACUGAUCCGGUGGGCUGGGUCCAGGCUAAACAAAAGUUUUGACCUUACCACAAUUGCUUAUGCUUUGCUCGCAGCAAUGGCUGUUCUUCUAUGACCUGACCUGCAUCUCUCGACCUCGACUUACGAAGGCAAGCAGAUCGACCUAGCGUGAAAAUCCCCCCCUUGAUGGUCUUAACGCCUCGAUCUGUACUUGUUCUUUUUGCCCACUCGGCGGCGCAUUAUCGAUUCUUCACCUUCUUCCGUGAGCGCUUGUUGGCAAUUGCACGUAUCCUCACGCCCCACACAUCAACACUUUCAGAGGUGUAUGUGUGGUAUCUGGUCUCCUUGAUUGACUUCCAGGACUUCGGUGCCUCGAGUGCGAACUGCAGUGAAAGAUUCGGAUAGCCAUAACGAAUGGCUGCAUGACAAAUUGAACGACUCAAAGGGACUCCGUUGAAGCCUCAAAGGAGACAUCCGCCACUAGAUUCGAUACUUUGCUCAGUUCUGGGCCUGGAUUUGGUGUCGAACCUUUGGCUGCCUCCUGUCAACACUAUUCGGCCAAUAUAGCGCUAUGUAUAGUCAAUUUCGUCAACCGCACUCUACCAGCAGUACGUCGGCAGCGCGACAGCGGCCAGAUUUGACCCUGACCAAGUCUCCGCGUUGGUCGUACUCCCAUAGCCUCGAGCAAGCAUAUCCUUCUCCGCCCAUGUCAGAUACUCCCACCUCUCCACGAAGGUCAUCCCUGUACCUAGAGACCACUUCUAGCUCCGCUUAUCCAGGCUCGUAUUCUACUUCGCACGGUCGACAGGCCUAUCCACUGCCAGCUACCGACAUGGAAGGAACAAUGUUGGCGUCCUCAGCAUCAUAUCAGCAACCGCCGUACGGCCAUGAUUCCAGAGGGUACUAUCCACCUCAGCAGCGUCCUGAGUUGCAACCUAGGCCGAUGUCUCAUCUUCCUUAUCCAUCGCAGACUUACGAUCAAUAUCUUUCCGCCACGCCAUCAUCUAUGCCAAUGAUUCAUACUGGCCAGCACCCAAUGGUAGGUGGUCCGACGUACCCACAGGGCCCUACCUCUCUUUCAAGCUCGUCUGCCCCAAGGGCCCAGAGAACGACACGAAGAACGAAAGCACACGUUGCCAAGGCAUGCCAGAAUUGUAAGAAGGCACAUCUCAGCUGUGACGAGGCUCGUCCUUGUGCCCGAUGUGUGGCUUCUGGCAAGCAGGCAACCUGCAUUGACGUAGAACACAAAAAACGAGGCCGCCCCAGACUUCGCGAUGAUCGAGAGCAGAGGCUUGAGCAAGCAGCUGCGGCGGCUGUUGCGGCGACUCAAACGGGUCCUCAGAGUGCUGACUUAGACCGUGGGCAUCGUCGACGAGACUCUUUGCGAGUCUUACGCACGCAAGCAUACGGUAGCGGCUCGGAAGAUUCGCGUCCAAGUACUUCGCAUGGUAUGCCUGCUUCUGCGUUAUAUGGCUCUACUUCUGCAAGUGUCGCGUAUACUUCAAUGUACACGUCAAGAUCAAGUAAUGCGCAGCUUUCGGCAUUUCUCAACCUUGAUCUGCAGAUCUUGAAAGCCAGCGAGCCUCUAAGGGCUCUUUUAGGUGGUAACCAUGACAUAGUCGAUCGACCGCUGUCAGAUUUUGUCACCGCCCAGUAUGAAGGCCCCUUGCAGCGCAUCCAGAACGAGCUCCGGGACGAGAGAGCCAGACGUGAGCCGACAUACUUGCCAGCAAUAUACCCUGAGCAGCAAGAACGCGCUGCGGUACGCGACCAUGACCCGGAGAAUUCUGCAUCCCUCAGCGGAGACUUUCAGGAUCGGCAAGAUGUGUACACCUUUCGUGUUACGGGCGGUUCAACAGAGCAGUUUCAAGUGCGUAUCCGCCUGGCAAGGACGACGACGUUUUUCGCCACAAUGAUCUUGUAUCGUCUUCAGCCACCAGCUCCUCAAGUUGUUCCAAGCCCCUACGUACUUGGGAGCCAUUACGUGGUCGGUGAUCCUUCAAGCCCAGCGCGCUCCCCAUAUCAAGUGUCCAACCCUGAGUCGCCGUUUUCUUCAAUGCAACCGGCAUUGAUAACGACACUCCAUCCCCCAUCCUCAAUCCCCCCAUCUUACGUUUACUCGUCUCCCGAACAGGGACAUUUUGGUCGAGCACCACCAGGAAUGCAACCUCCGCCGUCGCUUGGUCCAUUUGCCGCGACACCCGAACGACGCCCGCCCACAUCAAUGGGGCAACGAGGGCGACCGGGGCUCGGUGAAUCGGUCCAAUUACCACCUAUCGUGAGUAGCGACCCUACUACGCCCACAAGUCAGUACAUUGAGACGGGAAUUGUAGGGAGCUCUUCGCGACGUCGCACUCCGGAACGAAGCUCUGACGACGAGGAGGAUACACGCAAACGUCGAAGACUGAAUAUCCGGGAUAUUGUUGAGAAGUGAUUAUGAAAGUCCCCAUGUCAGGUUGGUCGAUUUUCCUAGAGAUAUGGGAGAGUGUAUGUCUGGUGAAUCUUCAAUUGUAUAUCCUAUACACAUCUUGGUCGGGUUGUUGUGAUCAUUCUGGGAGGAUGCACCUUUGAUCAUUGGAGUCGGAACGGAAGCACUGUAUUCAUCUCUUGGGUCCGGAAUGGCUGCAUGAGGCUAUGGGACGGGAACCAUCGCGAACUAUUUUUUCUAGGUUGGGUUUUCGAGCGUUGAGUAUCCGAGUGGUCAACAUGUUUACAAUGGAUUUGAUGCUAGACAGCGACGGAAGCAGUGAUGGGUCCACCGGCGGGAAAAUAGCAAACAACUGGGCGGUCACGGAUGUUGUUCAACCUGAGGAAGAGAUUUUGCUCUUAACAGAUACCCAAUAGCACUGCACUGCACCUUUGUUUAUUGGAGAUUUCAAGUUCAGUUCAGACUCAAAGCGAAAAGUGUAAGCCUCAAGAGUAUUCGUUGAGCCACGAAUGGGCAGUUAAAGUAAUCCGCAGUUGGUCAUGCCCGCAUCGGAUGGUUGACAUCAAGGGGGGAAAAAAGGCCAGGG